GAUGUUGUUCUAUGGCCGUCACUCAGACCUUAAACAUGAAUAAAUAAACACAAGAACAACCUCAGAAGACCUAUAUAGACAAUUUUACACCGGAUUGAAGAGUGGUUGAUAUCGCUGAAGAUGUCGGGGAGAAGCAGUCCCUUCGGCAACAACACCAACAGCUAUGCCGGAUCAAUUCAAUCAGAUAGAUCUGGAAAUUCGGAUGAUGGAUCACAAGUAUCCAAUCUGUCCAGGCCAAGUGCAAGAUCCAUCUACUCACAAAGGAAGGAGUAUGCAUCCUCUAUAAACAAGAUCCUGGACAAGUUUCAGUACAGAGUGGAGCACCUGAUCACCUGCGAGUUGGACGGCAAGGAGCUGCAAGGCGUGGCGGACUGUGUGGAACGCCUGAAUCUCCUGGAAGGCAUGGGUCGUGUGUGGGGUCAGAACAUGUUCCUGGAGGUCCGAGGGAGCGAUCUGCACCUCUGCGACAUCGAGACCAGGGAGGAGCUGGAGUCCCUCCCCCUGAACAGCAUCGUGGAGCUGCGGGCGGUGAUGGACAGCGAGGUCUACCACUCCCUGCUCACCAUGUGCGUGAAGGUGCGGAGGACCAGCAGUGUGUUCCUGUUCCAGUGUGAUGAACUCAAGGCUGACUUCAUCAAGAAGGACCUAUCACGGGCUCUCUUGCGCAGCCAGAAGGAAAAUUACAGCGGCCAUCCAGUGUCCAUGGUCCCUAAACACCAGAUAAGGCCCAGCCCGACCCCUCAACCCAGGAACUGGCACCCCCCAGAGGAUCCCGUGUCUACGUGGAGUAGCCCAGACUAUGGAGAAGAAAGUGAUGCUGGUACUCCCGUACCGCCCAGAGAGGAAUACACCCAAAGGGUUCGAGAGAGGACCCCAUCUCCACAGCCCUCCUACACCUCAGAGGAGGAGCUCCCUCAAAUCUUGCCGUACACAGAGCGGGACAGGAACGUGGAUAUCUUGAAUCACAUCUUUACUGAUCUGGAAAUCUUCAUGGGACAAAUCGCUGCAUCAGAGGCCAAACAUGAAAAGAAGAACAAGAAGAAGUGGAAGAAGAAGACGAAGAAGAAAAAAGCCCUUGAGGGCAUGCCCCCUGUGGAGGAGUUUUUCACCUGUCUACAGAAGAUCAAGUUUGGCUUCAACCUUCUGGCGGAACUGAACGGAAAGAUCAGCGAUCCCAGCGCCUCCGACUUUGUCCACAACCUCUUCACCACCCUCGCCUUUGUGCAUGCUCGCUGCCCGCCGGACCUCUCCAGCACGGUGGUGGCCCCCCUGCUGACCCCUGAGUGCUUCCGGCUCCUGAGCGAGGAGGCCAACCCUGAGGAGGACGCGCUGUGGCAGUCCCUGGGAGACCCCUGGAACAUCCCCAGUACAAAAUGGCCGGAAGACGACGACGACAUUCCCACUUACACCCUGGCGUUCCUGGACGGCUGGCAGCCCCCCGAGGUGUCGGAGGGGAGUCCUGCAGUCCGGCCCGCGAAGCGCAAGGCCACCCCCCCCCGCCCCCCAAGCCCCGCCCCAGCCCUGCCCCUCCUCCCCGGCCCCAGCCAGAGCGUUUUCAUGUUGUGUACCUUGUCACGAGUAAUGGCCGCGUGGGUUGUUUUCGGUUGCAGCCAAGAGGAGCCGGAGCCCAGGCACAUGCGUGUCGUGUACGACUUCACCGCAAGAAACGCCAAAGAGCUGAGCAUCACCAAGGGAGAGAUAGUCAAUUUACUAGAUUCGUCCAAGAAGUGGUGGAAAGUGAGGAACACGAGUGGCGAGCAAGGGUUUAUACCCAACAACGUUCUGGAGCCUCUGGAGACGGAGCCGUCGGAGAUUAACCCUGAGAUGGACGAGUUCACUGGUCCCCCUGUUCUAACCAAGAAGUCCAAGCCUAAAGAUGUCACUGCAUGGCUGGAAUACAGAGGCUUUAGUAGAAUCACGGUGCGGUGUUUAGGACCACUAAGUGGCUCCAUGCUGUUGGGCAUGUCGCGAGAGGAACUGAAGAAGGUCUGUCCUGAGGAGGGAGGCCGGGUCUUCUUCCAGCUGCAGUCAGUCAAAUCUUCUCUCGCGCUUGAGAGCGAGAUGCGAAAGGCAUCAAUGGGAUAGGAUAUGGAAGAUAUCCGCUGCAAAACAACUGGAAGACUUUUUAAUUUUUCUCGCAGUCAUGAGCCAUUCGAUUGCACAACCUCCAACACACAGCCAUUAUCAAUAGAUCAAUGAAUUAUCUAACUUUAGAUAGUUAUAUUAAAAAGGUUGACAUUCAUUAGGGGUUUAGGGGUUUUCUUUUCACCGUCAGAUGUGUUUGACCUAUUAUGUUGCCUUCUUUGUUGGUGAUAAAUGUAGUCCUAAUCAUGAAAAACUGUAAAUAUGUAGGAAAAUAACAGUUAAUAAUCCUAAAUGAAUAAUGCAAUGUGCAAAGUCUUGUUGAAAUCAUCUACAUUAAAAAAGUGUAUCAUUCAAAAUGUAUAAUUCUAAGUAUCAUGUAAUAUAUGCUAUAGCCUACUAUAUUGUAUAUUUUACUAUCAGAGUAUUGUAAUAUCACUGGUCUACUACUAUAAACUAUUUAAAUAUAAUAUUGAGCAGAAGUCUAUUAAUUGUAUCUAGGUCAACCAUUCACUCUUAAAUAAAAGUCCAAGCUUUGGUAUUGACAGAGAGAGCUAUGUAUGAUGCAAAUAUUCAUUGACUAAACAUGCUUUAUUUCAUUCCUCGGACAUUACACGUCAACCAUACCAGAAGCAUGUCACUUUAUAAAACAUUGGCAAUUAUAGUCGGGCCUUGAUGAUAAAACACAAAACACAUAAUACAAAUCUAGGCAUCGUUUCCUGUCAACAAGAAAAAAACAAUAAUGUUCGAAAAUAAAGAUGCGUUAUGAAAAAUGCUUGAUUAAUAAUUUUUGUGAGCAUUACUGUACGUUCACACCAAAAGCUGUAAAAGAUGCAAAAUCGCAAAAUAGCUCAAAACGCAACGCCGUCCAAAAUAGUGACAGCUCAUAUCGCUCUUGCGUUUUCUCGCGUAUGUUUACUGGGACCCACACCGACGAGAGACAUCUACAUUCCGAUUGGCUGGCGGUCAUUUACAGCCGAAACGCUACUAGCUCAUUUGCAUGGAGUUGAGCUGUUUUCAACUCUCAUUUACAGCUUUACAGCUUUAGCUAUCGCUCAAGCGUUUUAUCGCUCCGAUCGCUUUACAGCUUUUGGUGUGAACGCACAGUAAAGGUGCUUGUAGAGAAUGUCUUGUGAAAUGCAUGUUCAAAUACAUGGUACACGUUGUAACUAUUUCAAGGGAUGCAGAGAAAUUAAACUUAUUUAAACAGUGCAACAGUGUGUGUGUGUGUGUGUGUGUGUGUGUGUGUGUGUGUGUGUGUGUGUGUGUGUGUGUGUGUGUGUGUGUGUGUGUGUGUGUGUGUG